CGACGACCAACUCGAACUCCUCCCUUUCCGCCAUGUCUUCCAGCCUGCAUUCUGUAGAGAAGGAAGGACCGGUCGACAAAGACGAGCAGGUUCUUGCGCGCGUCUCAUCGGCUCAGAAGACUAACGAUGUGGCUGUCGCCACUGUCAAUGCGUCGGAGGAAUACUCAGAGGCGGACUUCGAGCGCAUUCGAAGGAAGCAGGACUGGAUCUUAAUGCCUCUCAUGUGGAUAGCCUACGGUAUCCAGCAAGUCGACAAGACUGGCCUUUCUACUCAGGCCACAUUUGGCAUCAAGACCGACACGCAUAUGGUCGGUAACGACUAUGCAUGGUUGACCACGAUUUUCUACAUCUUCUUCCUUUUCGGUGAAUUUCCUGGAAAUUGGUUCAUGCAAAGGUACUCUGUGGGAAAGACACUCGCUGUCAGCAUGUUUGCCUGGGGUGUCAUCGUGUUCUGUACAGCUGCCGCAAAAAACUGGACAGACCUUAUGAUCAUGCGCGCCUUGCAGGGCUUCACAGAGAGCAUCGUCAGUCCCGCGUUCCUGCUCAUCACCGGUCUGUCAUACCGUAAAGAGGAACAUGCGAUGCGCGUGCUCAUCUGGGGCACCGCCAACUACGGUUUUGCUGUCAUCGUCUCCCUGAUCAACUAUGGGAUCGGGACUGCGGCACAGAAGCAUCCCUCAGGCCUCGCUGCGUGGAAGGGAAUGAGCAUAUUCCUUGGCGCUCUGACCAUCAUCGUCUCUGUGGCAUCCUACUUCUUCCUGGGUACCCCACGCGAGGUUCGCUGGCUCACGGCUGAAGAGAAGAAGAUUCAAGCCGCUCGUGUUGCCCACAACAACACUGGCUCCGAUGCUCAGAAGCGCACUCAGUGGAAGUGGUCACAGGUCACGGAAGCCUUCUUAGACCCGCAGCUAUACUUCUUCUUCUUCGUGACUGUCAGCAAUGCGAUUCCGACGGGUGGUGUCAACACGUUCGGCAAUAUCAUAUUCGUCAGCCUUGGGUUCUCCGCACUCGACACUCUUGUCAAGGGAACACUCCCCCAGAAUGUUCUCGGCGUCUUCUGGUUCAUCCUCGCCGGAUGGGUGCUUUCGAGAUUCAAGCAUAUGCGAUUCUACUGGAUCAUGAUAUCUAUCGUUCCAGCGUUCAUUGGAAUGCUAGUCCUCUCCCUCGUCCCGACAACCUCUGGUAAUCUCUGGGCCAAGUGGGGAGCGUACUUCAUUACGAUCACCGGCCAAAUCUGUGGUGCUCUUGUCUGGAGUAUGCUCAGUACAAACGUCGCAGGCCGCACGAAGAAGAGUGUCGUCUCCAUCGUCAUCUUCUGCGCCUACUGCUUCGGUAAUGCCAUCGGCGCGCAGGUUUUCCAAGACAGAUGGGCCCCAGCAUACCGGCCGAGUACUAUCAUCCUGGCUAUCAUGUUUGCCCUCGAGUUCGUUCUCAUGGGCGUAUGGCGCGUCUACUACGUCAUGAAGAACAAGCGGCGAGCCACGAAGCUAGAUGCGCGAGGAGUCUCGCCAGAGGAGCGUGUUCGACUAGGAUCCCUCAUGGGCGAGACGGAUGCGACUGAUCUUGAGAACGAGUAUUUCAUUUAUGAUUACUAGAGUGGUCUUGUUUUGCUUUGCUUUGUUUUGAUCAUCACAUUUCUCGUCUUUAAG